UCGGUCCUCGAGCAUCGUCCAAUCAUUGGCUGGAAAACAUCACAUGUAGAGUUGAUAAGAUGGCGUCUCCGAAUGGAGGUGAUGAUUUUGAAUCCUCCCUACUAAGUUUUGAAAAGCUCGACAGGGCUUCACCCGACCUUUGGCCAGAACAACUGCCUGGAGUUGCUGAAUUUGCAGCAUCCUUUAAAAAUCCCAUCACAAACUCUCCUCCCAAAUGGAUGGCUGAGCUGGAGUCUGAGGACAUUGAAAUGCUGAAAGAGCUGGGGAGUUUGACCACAGCUAACCUGAUGGAGAAGGUGAAGGGGCUGCAGAACCUGGCCUACCAGCUGGGCCUGGAGGAGUCCAGAGAAAUGACGAGAGGCAAAUUCCUGAACAUUCUGGAAAGGCCCAAAAAAUGACGACUGCAGACGAGAGGGAUCAUUUGUAAUGGAGGACGACGCUGGACACUGGCCAGCAGGCACUAUUGACUAAUGACCUUGUAGGCAUUACCUUAACCUAACCUGCUUCACACCUCACCAAAGCACACUGAUGCGCGCGACACACACACACACACACACACACACACACACACACACACACACACACACACACACACACACACACACACACACUCACACACACACACACA